CGAGAUCAAAUGUCGGGUACAAAACUCAACAAUAUCAGUGUGAGAAGAUACCACAAUCGCUUUCUUGUACUUUCUUCACCGUAAAAAAUACAGGUAACAACGAACCAUGGCUGGACUUCCACCAGGGGGUGUCUUCGAGCUGGCCAUUUGCUUUGACACAACUGGUUCCAUGUCUCGCGUGAUCGACGAAGUGAAGGGGCGCGUGCAGGAUAUGAUCCAGCGGCUUCAGGCGGACAUCCCCGCAAUCCGUAUCGCUGUUCUUGCCCACGGAGACUACUGCGAUGCCGAGGUGUUUUACCUGGAGAAACAUGUGGACUUCACCACGAACGUUGCGGAACUGACGGACUUUAUCAACAAUGUUGACGGUACGGGCGGGGGCGACCCGGAGGAGUGCUAUGAGUACAUGAUGCGGCUCGUGCGGGGCCUGCAGUGGAUGGCGGGCUCGCAGCGAGCGCUCGUGAUGAUCGGGGACUCCGUUCCGCACGAGCCAGGCUAUGAUCUGAACACCGACAACAUAGACUGGCGACAGGAAGCGCGGGAAUUCGCCAGCAUGGGUAUUAAGAUAUACGGCGUUCAGGCUUUUGAAGAGGAAGCCUCGGCGAUGUUCUUUGAGGAGCUGGCCAUGGUCACAUCCGGGGAACAUCUUCAGCUGAGCAACCUGUCCAAUAUCGUAGACUUCAUCAUGGCGAUCUGCUAUCGGGAGCGAGGUGCUGAAUAUCUAGAUAACUACGAGGCAGAGGUUAGGGCACGAGAGGCAAGAAUGGGGCUUAACAAGGACUUGGAAGGGUUGUUCGGGGUGCUCCGGAGAGGAGAUUCCGGCGCCUCUCUAAGAAGGGGUCACUCCAACGCCUCGCUUAAGAAAGGGAACUCCAAUGCCUCACUCAGGCGGGGAAAUUCCAAUAUCUCGCUCAGGAGGGUAAAUUCCGCCCCAUCACGGACGGGUUCCCUCGUCACUGCGGCCUCAACCCUGUCCACCAUGUCUGCCGUGGCGGUACCGCCAACGCCCAUCAGUCCUAUAACAUCCACCAGCACGUCGUCAGUGGUGAUCACGGCAUCUGCUUCUGUAAAGAGGAUUAGGCAACCAAAACGUACCGUUAAAUCACCAGCCAUCAAUCAGAAAAAAACAUUACAAGGUAAACCUCGUGUACAGAAAAUCGGUAAAACGAAAAGUGCUGUGUUAAAAGGGUUAGAAAGACAAACAGUACCCGACUCCAAAUUUCUUUUAAAAGGAAGGACAGUGUGUCAAAGAUGGUCGCAAUGGAAAUUGGCCAUAAGAAAUGAUCGAACGGGCAGUAGCACGUUUCAGAAAGUCAAUCCGAAAGCAUUUGUUACACCUUUCUGGAUAAAGAAAAGACUUUUUCCAAGAGACGCAUUGGGCAGAAAAGCUCUGUAUGAGGUGGCAGUACAACGAGGCCCACACAAGCGGAGACAGGUGGUGUUUUGUAAAGCUUGCACAAUCAGGACGUGGACAAACUGGUACAAAGUCAUAUUCAACACCAAAUCGGUGAAGAUCCAUUUGCAGAAGGUGUUACAGACACUUGGCGCCAAUGUGUAUGUGCGGCGUUUCCGCCUGGACGGAUUCGGGAAGCGACAGAGAGAGCUCGUGCAGCGGUUCAAGGUUGGCCGGUUCUACAAGUAUGCCUGGCAGUCCCCAGGGACGCCGCCCUCACUCACAUGGGCGAUGCAGUGACACGUUAGUUUAUUUGAGGAAUUUAUCAUUAUUUCAUUGAAAUGAUCUUGUGCCGUUUUUAUGUAAUUGUUAUCUACGUUUAUUUAUUAACUUUAUACACAUAUAACAUGACCUGAAAUUGAUUAAAAUUAACCUUGCCAAA